AUCUGUACAUUGUCAAGUGUACACAAAAAUACCUUUCAUAUCAUGGUUUAAAAAGCUAUUGAUAAUUAAAGCAGGUAGUGAUAAAAAGAACAUUAGUUUGAUCAGACUUAAGCCAUCUGGAUUUUAAGGAAAAGUUUGGUUAAGUUGGACAAAUGAUUUUUCCUGGAGAUUUUUUAGAAAGAUUAGGAGUUUUCUAAGUGAAUGGAACUGUUUUGUGAAGGAAAAAAAAUUCAGGUGAAAGAUGAUUAAAACCUGACAAACUUCAUCAAAGACCUCAUCAACUUCUGACGUGAGAAGGUGCCUACCUAUUCAUCACAAGGCCGGUCAUGUCAGGAAGUUGCUGACUUUUCCAGAUGUUUGUGGGAGUAAUGUGCACCUAGAGAUAAAUAGGAUGUAACGCAGUGGUUAAAGGCUAUUCAUAGUGGUUACCAGGCAUUUGGUACAGACAUUAGUAUAUACAUUCAUCUACAGAGCGUGGUUUAACACAGUAUUGGAAUGGAGAGGCGGUAGACUACAAAAAGUGUUCUGUGGUUUUAGGGUUAGGCCUGUUUGAUUUAACUUUGUUUCACUCUAAAUUACCUUUAAAAAAGAGAAAGAAAGUGUUUGAUGGACAUCUGGAUCUGAGGGGAAAUAAUUUUUUUAAUUAGUGACUGAUGAGCUGAAACAUUGGUUAUUUGUUAAGAAGGAAAGUGAGGAUGAUUCAAAUAAUGCAUGUGUUAAUGUAUGCUUAAUACAGAGAUAUUUUGGAGUAUAAGAAGUUUGGAAUUCUAAGCUGGGGGAGUGAUUUGUAACUGGAUUGACUUGACAAAAUCUGAAGCCUGGAGUGCUGAGAUAUUCUACACAUCCCUGGAAUUGCCAAAAUCCUGCUGUUAAUCAUUGUGCUUAGUCUGUGAAAGUUUUAUCUAAAUUUAAAAGAUCACUUUAUCCAGAUAAUUGGAAAUAAAAAAAACAUUUGCAGGAUUAUUCAAAAUGAAGCAGAUGGACCGUUUAUUCGUGUGUGUGUUUGUGACCCUGACCGCGGGAGUGGGACUGGAAGUGACUGGUCAGCCGAUAACAUUAUUAAACUGGGACGAGUUAGGUGUGGACUCGUUUAAUGGGUCCUGUGGUGAUCAGCACGCGUCGGAGCCCCUGUACUUUCGCUACCUGGUACCCAGUCACAGAAAUACAGACGUCCUUUAUGUGGGCGCCAUGAAUACUUUAUACAAGUUAAACAAGACCAGUUUAGUGUGCAUGGAACAUAAACAAAUAAAUGCAGAUGCUCAGGUGCAAAGACGGUGCGCGAUACAAGGAAAACAUUUGAAUCCUGACUGUCAAAACCAUAUCAGAGUGAUCAUGGAGAAGGAUGAAGGCAAAUUGUUUGUUUGUGGCACUGGUGCUUUUUCUCCUACAACGUACACGCUAAACGAAACCUCCUUUGAUGAGGCUGAAGCAUCAGGACGAGGUCUUGGCAUGUGUCCCUACGAUCCCUGGGACAACGCUACGUCUAUUCUCAUAGAUAAUGGUAACCCAGGGAACGCCACAGUUCCGUAUUUUGGGACGUUCACAGACUUCAUAAAAAACUCGCCAAUAUUUUACCGACCAAGUUACGCAGUGGAUGGCGUAACCUACUCUGAGAAAAGUACAGACAUGGAGGAUACAAAAUGGCUGAACUCUAAAAACAACCUGCCACAGUUUGUUGGUUCAUUUGAUGAGGGGAAUGAAGUCUUCACGUUCUUCCGAGAAACGGCCCUCGAGUACACGGAAAACAACCAGAAAAAGAACUAUGCUCGUGUGGCUAAAGUCUGCAAGAAUGACCUUGGAGGCGGCUACAUGUCCAAAAAGAAGUGGCUGUCAUUCCAGAAGGCUCGUCUAAACUGCUCCUUACCCGGCAGAGACCCGUUCUACUUUGACGAAAUAUAUGACAUUUAUAAGAGUGGUGAUCUGUACUUCGGGGUGUUUUAUAAACAUGGUGGUGACCUAAAUGCUUCCGCCAUCUGUGUGUAUACCAAGGCUGAAAUAGAGGUGUCGUUCCGGGGAAAGUUUAAAUACAAGGACUCACGCGGUGUGUGGAUUACACUGCAGAAUGACCCGAGCCCUCGCCUUGAUAAUUGUACAGCCCAUGAUACAAACCCAGAGAUAUUUGGGAGCCAAGUAUUGGCCUACCAGCUUAUGGACAAGAACGUGCCAUCAAAGUAUGAGACCCCGAUAUACUACAAGCGGGGCGUACAGUUUAAUAAAAUUACCGUUGGCCCUGAGAUUCAUGGGAGCAGGAAUAUUUACGUCGCAACAGAUAAAGGAGAAGUAUAUGACAUAUUUAUGAAAACAUUUGAUGAUAAAAAGCCUAUGGUUGUUGUAAACAGCAUAUACAAACCAUUUGAGAAGACAACACCCAUCUGGGAUAUGAAAUUAGAGGGAGAUACCUUAUACAUGGGGACAGAUCAUGCUGUUACCAGGCUGUCAUUGGACGGUGUCUGUGAAAACUUCAGUAAGGACAAGGGGGACGGCUGUAUAUGUAACACAAGAUGUCUCUGGUGUGAUACAAAAAGAAAAUGCAUACCAACAAGUGCGAAGAACGUGACGUGUGGCUUAAAACUAGACAGCAGGAAUGUGACCGAUCCGGAGCGGGUCAUUGAAAUCCUAAGUGAAAAAGAUGUGGUAACUUCGCCCUUGUCUGCAUUGGCUGGAUCAUAUACACGGCUUCUGGUCGAAACUCGAAGAUUCAGAGUUUCCAAAGUUAUAUGGUCAAAGGCCAUGGACACAAGCUCGGACUCUAACCGCGUGAAAAGGAGCUCUUCAUCUGUGACUUUACAAGACUGUGACAAGUUUAUUACAUCAGAUACAGGGGACUUGAUCAUAAGAAAUGUGACUCUAUCAGAAAGUGGGAUUUAUGAGGCUAGAAGUUCAGAUGAUAAUAGACUAUUAUCUCGAUGCAAUCUGACUGUUUCCAGUUCAGACGUUAAAGAGGAUUUGGUAGAAGUUUGGAAGCAGGCAUUCAAUGAUUGGUCUUCAGCUUUCAACAAGUGGCAGGGGUGUGCCGAGGGCUAUCUGGAUUCGUGUCCCAAAAAAAGGCCAUAAGACGUCAGGUAGAUUUGUGAGCAUAUGUGAUACAUUGUGCCAUCUACUGCAGAGAGAUAUGGUGAUAUCUUCCUGAUGUCCUCUAACACUGCGCUCUUCAUAAUUAACUCUCUAAAUCAAGUGUUAUUGUGUGUUUAUGUUUGUGUUUCCUGGAAAGCAUGGCACACACAGGGAUUACUUUGGCCGUCAGCAUCGCCGUCGUUGUCCACGUUGUCGGUGUCAAAAGUUUGUUUUUCAAUAGAUUUGUUUUGAAUGACUUGUUGUCGAGUCUUCUUACCCUGUCUCCACAUUGGUCAUGGUCAGUGAAUGUCCUCUGUUGACUUUUGGGGUCAAAGGUCAAGGUCAUGACAGGCUAUACAUGUGUUGCGUGGAAUUCUAUUAAGGAUCGAGGGAUUGCUAGUAUGAAUUCAUUGCUUGAUACAUUGUACCCUGUUAUCUGAUUACACUCUUAACGUCAUCAUGUUCUUCUUUAGUGGUAAUGGAAUGUGAAUGUGAAGCAAUGAAAUGAAGUGGUGAUGGGUCAGCACUUGGUAAAAUGUAAUUAAAAUUUGUUUUUGUUUUUUUGUAAACUGAUAAAGUGUUCUUCAAAGUGUUCAGUGUUUCAUAGAAACAUAGCCUUAUCUGCCAUCUGGCUGUCUGCAUGCUUCGUUGCAAAUCUGCUUAUUAUGUUUGUUAUUGGGAAAAGAUAAGUAUGGCUUUAGAAAGUUGGAAGAGAUUAAGAACAACGAUGAAAGUCUUGAUAAAAUGGCAUGUUUUAACCUAGACAGUUAUUGACAUGGUUAAGAUUUAUUGGACCUGAAGAAUAUUGGUACUGAGUUAUUCAAUGAGUGAUUCACGCGAUGCUUUGAUGUGAAAUGAUAAAAAGGGGAGGGGAGUGCUGACAUGUGUUAGUUGAAAAAGGUUGGCAAUGUGUCUUUUCCUUUCAAAUGUGCAAUAUUGUGACAUACAUUUGGGAUAUGGUUUUUAAAAUAUGAAGAAUGUUUAAUUAUUGCACUGUUUCAUUUUAUCUGUAAAGUGCCAAUUGGCUAAAUUAAUUACUCCUGUAGCUUAAUUAAACAAAUGAUAAAUUGCAGAGGACGGUUCUCUGUGAAAGAAACAACAAUCCUAUCCAAGAUUAUUUUGUGAUUUUGGUACAUUGUUUUCAUAUUCAGACAUGACAUACCAUAAUGUCUUGUUCAGAAACAUGUUGUUGUUGUUUUUGAAUUUAUUUAUUUGUUGUUCAUUUCAUGUUCACCAUUAUUUUAGAUGUUUUUGUGUGUGUUUUUGUAUUACAUGCUUACUUACCGUAAUUCAACAUUUUAUUAAAAUCAGUCAUUUUAUAUACUUAAAUUUUGCACAAUGGUCUUUGUAAGGUGAAAGUCAUGUCAAUGAUAAGUCACAAAAAAUGUAGGUCUUAGAGUAUUUAUACCUGGGACAAAGCUGUGUAUAGAGCAUGUGAUAGUGCUGUACUGAAGGGCACAAAGUUCUUUAACAACAACAUUAUCUAACAGCUAAACAAUAGUAAUCAUUUAUGAUGACAUUAUAUAUUUUUCAUGAACUCAGACAGUAAAUGUGGAAUUUUUUUAUGACAUGAGUUUAGAUAAUUGUAAUGUGGCAUAUCCUUUAAACUGAAUUUCAUUUUACUAGAAAUAUGUUUUUCUUUUUGGAAAAAAACCUGACUGCAAUCUGUUUGUUGUCUAAAAUUACAUAUAUAAACAUUUUCUACAAUAAGAUUUGUUCAAAAUGCUUUUGUUCCCAGCCAAAGUUGUUCUUCCUGCAUUCAUGGUCGUUAAAAAACAUUUCCAUUGUGCUAGCAUUCCAUGUUUAACCUUGCUUGUAGCGCAAAGUAAGAAGUUAAAUUACAUCACUGUCAUUUUCUGGCAGUUCUUGGCUAAUGUAGAUUCUGCUAUACAUUCAGUGCUCUUUUAUCAACUACCGGUAGUUCAUGACAAAAAAUUGUAAGAUAAAAAAAUCAGUUGAAUAUGAUGCAACUUUCACAAACUUAAUUAAAAGGUUUACUAGUAAAAGCAUUUAAACAUUGCCGAAAUUUGCCAUUAAAGCUUUUUAUUUUGAAUAUGCAAAAAUUUCAAUCUGGAAAUAAGUUACUUAACACUCAUUGACAAGAUGGCCUUCUUAAUAUAUAAUUAUAUUUUCAGUUUGAAGGGCAUGUCUCUAAAAUUUGCUUAUAAAUGGGCCAAUUGCUCAGAAAUUUGUUGAAGUUAACAACUUAUGUUAAUAGCAUUGUUGUUUAUUUCAAAUCUGUCCUAGUAUAAGUGUUCAUGGACACAUUUCUGAUGUGCAGUACUUCAUACAAAUAUUGAUAAAAAUAUUUAUCUAUGUAUAUCUUAUUUUAAUAUAUCAGCACAUAAUGAUAAACUUCACCUUUUUAAUUUAGCAACAAUUUUAUUAACAAAGCUGUUAAUAAAAUUUAAACAUUUGGCCCAAUAUCUAACAAGUAAAGUUUGGUUGAUGUGUUGAUGUACAAAGAUUUCAUUUGUAUUGUUAAGUCAGUGUUUUGUGUUUUAUUGUAUUAUUUCAAAUAACAUUAAAAACAAAAAAUUCAAA